CUAAACUUGGUUCAGUCCGAGAAACUGGUCUCUCUUUCAAAAUCUUGACUAGGCUCCAAGAAUUCGUCCCUUCUUCUUCUUCUUCCCAUAAGGCUGAUAAAUUAUGAUGGGUACCACUCGUUUUCAACGGUAGUUCAGUCUGGUUUGAUGAUUCUGUUCAUGUUAAAGUGACGUGGGUUUCAGGCAAAUCCCGGCCUUUGAUCAGUUGGCUGUUUGUGCAAAUCCUCUUUUCUAAUGGCACUCACUACCAGCAAGCUUUCUCGAAGUGCAUCGUUGACUGAUCGAAACACCAUCGGCAGAUCAUGUGGGACAACACCCUCUUUCGAAAGUUCAAUUCAGUUAAGUCCUCUCCACCCGAGUCAAAUUGAGCAUAGACAUUCGCGGAGAGGACUUCUCUUGUCGAUGAAACCGAAAUCAACAAAGGAUAUCCUGCGUUUCCUGUGUGGAAAACCUCUUCCUACUCGUAGCGGCACUCGGGGAUCGUCAGUCUUAUGCUUUUCCACGGGAGGACCUGAAACUGAAGCAACAGAAUGUGCUAGACAGUCGGGGGAUUCUUCGAAUAUAACUAGGGCACAAAUUGGAGAAGACAAAAAUGACCCGCUAACUGCACCAUAUGGAACUACUCAAUCAAGGCAGGGUUUGGCUGAAGCUUGCAGAUUUGUUCAGAAUGAUGCAAAGUUUGUCAAUGAAAGGGCUCGCAGUGACAUUGUCUUGCUCUCCCGUGGCAUAAUGAGAUUGGAUGCUCGUGCACGUCAAGAUGUUGCUAUCCUUGGCUCAGAGUUUCUUAAGCUCGAUGCUCGGGCAAGAGAGGAUACUGAGAAAAUUGACCGUAAUGUGAAGAAGAAAGCUGAACGGCUUAGUCAUAUUGCAACUAUCUUGAAAAACAAAGCGCAGUCUAAACUAAAAACUGCUGCAGACCGGCACUGGAGUGACGGAGCUUUGGAGGCUGAUCUGCGUCUUGCUGACUUUCGUGCAAAACAGCGUGCCCUGGAAGAUUCCCUAAUGGCUUUGGAGUUAAUCAAAAACAUCCAUGACAGGAUGGUGAGCAAGUUGUACAAAUUUCCGCUGCCUUCAGAAAAUGAUUCUAUAUCAUCUCACGAUGUGAUGGGGCGCAUAAUGCUAGAAAAGAAUGGGAAAACACUGGAUUCCUUCCCAGGGGAAGUGUCUGCUGACCGCAUCAGUGCUAUCCAGGAAGCUUAUUGGAGUAUGGCGUCAGCGCUAUCUGAAGCUGAUGGAAUAGACUACACUGAUCCUGAAGAGCUUGAGUUACUAGUUACAACCCUCAUAGAUCUUGAUGCUAUGGACGGUAAAAGUAGUGUGUCAUUGCUGGCAGAAUGCUCCAGUUCUCCUGAUGUCAGUACUAGACGUGCCCUGGCCAAUGCAUUAGCAACAGCACCAUCCAUUUGGACACUUGGAAAUGCGGGAAUGGGAGCAUUGCAGAGAUUGGCGCAAGAUAGCAAUCCAUCAAUUGCCGCAGCUGCUUCCAAAGCCAUGUAUGAAUUAAAGAAACAGUGGGAAAUAGAGGAAGGAGAUAACUGGAGGUUUACGAUGGACAAGGGCGAGAAGGUUGAUGAUGCAGAUACUUAGAGGUUUCUGGAUACUCAUCUUGUACAUAUAUAUGGAAGAAAAAGGUCCACGUAAUUUUAGGAUGAAAGCGUUUAUUGGACAUGCUGAAUGCGAAAGUGCACUUCACCGAAGAAGAAAAGAAAAGGGAGCCUGUUAGUUGUCUGCUUGUUGUGCUUUUUCCUGCUCUUCAAUUAUCAAGCAUGUGAAGAAAGCUAGGCGAGCUCAUGAUAGAAGCAGUCGCAUAAAUGGUAUGAAGAUGUCUUGAUGUCAUAAAGGUUAAGAAACAACUAUUAAAUCAGCCAGCUUCUUUCUCUGUAGAAGAUUAGUUUUCAUCUUUUUGGCCAUAUGUGGGAGAUAUUGAUGGAAUCAUGAUUCUUCCAUUGUUUCAAGGAGAAGCAAAUGAGACCGAUAAUCAGCCUUUUAGAAUGUGCCUUGUAACCUCAUGUGGUACCCGCAUGUAGAACCAAGAAGCAUGUUUCAGGUUUAUGAAAUGAAUAUGAUAUUUACAUAGCA